AAUGACAGUGAUAAUGACAGCAGGCAAACCAAACCUAAACGGGGUACAAGGGCAUAAUCAUUAUGUCUUUAUAUUCAGAAUAGUAGCGUUGUGAUGUAUGUAUUUGUUGUUAUUGAAUCACCAUUUUCCUUAACCACGUGCACGUUAUUCAGUCUGUUCAUAAUGUGCACUAUUUUGACCAACUGUUGCUUCAUGGCCAUGUCGGAACCAGAGUAUUGGGCCAAGUAUGUAGAGUACACUUUCACUGGCAUUUACACGUUUGAAUCGUUGAUAAAGAUUCUGGCGAGGGGAUUCUGUGUGGGGCCAUUUACCUUCCUGCGGGACCCGUGGAACUGGCUGGAUUUCAGUGUGAUUGUCAUGGCGUUGCUAACCGAGUCUGUUAAAGUAGGCAAUCUCCAAGCACUUCGAACAUUCAGGGUCCUCAGAGCAUUGAAAACUAUUUCGGUAAUCCCAGGCCUGAAGACCAUCGUGGGUGCGCUGAUCCAGUCAGUGAAGAAGCUGGCGGACGUGAUGAUCCUAACCGUUUUCUGCCUCAGUGUGUUCGCCCUCAUCGGCCUUCAGCUCUUCAUGGGUAACCUGCGACAGAAGUGCGUACGCAGCACGGCGCACUGCGUCAACAACACCCUCAACACCAACACCACCUUUUUCUGCAACAACCGGACGUGGUCCUCACUCAAAGACUUUAUUGCAGACGAAGAUAACUACUACAAAGUGGAGGGAGCGAAGGAUGCCUUAAUAUGUGGGGACGGGAGUGAUGCUGGGCAUUGUCCAGAUGGGUUUGAAUGUAGGAAGGCAGGAAGGAACCCUAACUAUGGUUACACCAGCUUUGACAGCUUUGGUUGGGCGUUUCUCUCCCUCUUCCGGCUGAUGACACAAGACUACUGGGAGAACCUCUAUCACCAGACUCUGCGGUCAGCAGGAAAGACCUACAUGGUGUUCUUCGUGGUGGUCAUCUUCCUGGGGUCAUUCUACCUGGUCAACCUGAUCCUGGCUGUGGUGGCUAUGGCCUACGAGGAGCAAAACCAGGCCACUAUCCAGGAGGCCUGGCAGAAAGAGAGGGAGUUCCAGCUGGCCAUGGAGUGCCUCAAGAAGGAAGCGCAGAAAGCUCAAGACACAGAUUCAUUGAUUUUCCCGGACCUGUCCCCUGGCCUGGCUCUGCCUGACAACAAGGAGUUGCAGAGCAGGAGGAGAAGUCUAGAGGGGCUGGUGGAGGAGACGGAGGAGACGGAGAACGAGGGAGACGUGGAGGAGGGAGACGUGAAAACAUUAAAGGUGGAUACAGUGGAUGGGGGCAGGAAGACCUCCCUACCAUAUAGCCCACUCCCCCACCAGCCAACACACCCCCUCCUCAUCCGCACCAUCUCCACGCGCACUAGACGAGGAAGCAACGGCAGUAUAUUUAACUUCCAUCGCCGGAACAAAGACUCAGAGGGUGACUUUGCCGACGAUGAGUUCAGUGUCCAUGGGGACAAUGAGGGGACACACAGUCGUGCUGGGUCCCUGGUGGUCCCGUGGAGCACCAGACGCAGGCCCAGUACCUACAGCACGGGCAGCCGGGGUUCCCAGAUCUUCCUCAACAUCAAUGGGAAGCUGUUUGUGGCCAUGGACCAGAACGGGGUCACCCCGCAGGGCCUCCCAGAAUGCACCAUGGAGAGGGUCAAGGUGGAGAGUAGGCCUAACUCCAGCACAGAGCUGAGCAACAUGCUGCUCCCUCGCCAGGUAUCCAGAGAAGAGCACGCACGCAGGGACCGAGCUCUGAGCGCCGCCAGCUACCUCACUGACGCCUUGGAGGAACUGGAGGAGUCGCGUCAGAAGUGCCACCCCUGCUGGUAUGAGUUUGCCCACAAGUACCUGAUCUGGGAAAGCAGUCCACGUUGGCUUCGGUUGAAGACGCUGGUCAAGGUGAUGGUGAUGGAUCCCUUCCUGGACCUAGCCAUUACCAUCUGCAUCGUGCUCAACACCCUGUUCAUGGCCAUGGAGCACUACCCCAUGACUGACGAAUUUAACGGCAUGCUGUCCAUAGGCAACCUGGUAUUCUCCGGGAUCUUCACCGCUGAGAUGGUCUUAAAGAUCAUCGCUCUGGAUCCAUACUACUAUUUCCAACAAGGUUGGAACAUCUUUGACAGCAUCAUCGUGUGCCUCAGCCUCAUGGAGCUGGGCCUGUCCGACGUGGAGGGACUGUCCGUUCUCCGGUCCUUCAGACUGCUGAGGGUGUUCAAGUUGGCCAAGUCGUGGCCCACCCUCAACACACUCAUCAAGAUCAUCGGCAACUCGGUGGGCGCCCUGGGAAACCUGACCCUGGUCCUAGCCAUCAUUGUCUUCAUCUUUGCCGUGGUGGGCAUGCAGCUGUUCGGCAAGAACUACCAGGACUGUGUGUGUAAGAUCUCCAAGGACUGUACACUGCCGCGCUGGCACAUGAAGGACUUCUUCCACUCGUUCCUCAUCGUGUUCAGGGUGCUAUGCGGCGAGUGGAUCGAGACGAUGUGGGAUUGUAUGGAGGUGGCCGGGCAACCUCUCUGCAUCCUGGUCUUCAUGCUCGUCAUGGUGAUCGGGAACCUAGUGGUACUCAACCUCUUCCUAGCCUUGCUGCUCAGCUCAUUCAGCUCGGACAACCUCUCGGCGCCCGACGACGACGGCGAGAUGAACAACCUGCAGAUCGCUCUUGGCCGCAUCAAAAGUGGCAUGGGCUGGCUCCGAAGCCAGAUCUGCGACUUCUUCAACGGCAACUUCAAGAGGCGACGGCAGAAGAGCAAAGAAACAAAGGCCAUGCUGAAGCUCAAGAGGCUGAGCCACGGUGCUCCGCUUGGCGAGGUGGGCAAUGGGACAGUGGUGACGCUGGGGGGAGGGAUCGGGGUGAUCGGGCGCCACGGAGAGAAGAUAAUGGUCCCGGAGGUCGAUGACAGCUACAUGACAAACCCCAAUCUGACCAUCAGUGUGCCCAUCGCUCCUGGCGAGUCAGACGUGGAGUUCCCUGAGGAGGAUGAUGAUGAUGAUGAGGAUGAGAGCGAGAUCUCGGAGGAGGACGAGGAGGAGGAGGAAGAGGAGGAGAGCAAACAGGUAAAGGAUGACAUCAGCCUUUCAGAGGGCAGCACAGUGGAUCUGAGGAAGCCAGGGGAGGAAGAGGAUGAGUAUUCGGAGAUGGCCGAAGAGACCAUGGAUCCUGACAACUGCUUCCCUGAAGUAUGCGUGCGCCACUUCCAGUCCUGUGACAUCCAAACCACGGCGGGCCUGGGCCAGGCAUGGUGGCGGUUGAGGAAGACCUGCUUUCAGAUAGUGGAGCACAGCUGGUUCGAGUCCUUCAUCAUCUUUAUGAUCCUGCUGAGCAGCGGCGCUCUGGCCUUUGAGGACAUCUACAUCGAACAGAGAAAAGUGGUCAAAGUGGUGCUGGAGUACGCCGACAAGAUCUUCACCUACAUUUUCAUUCUGGAGAUGCUCCUCAAGUGGAUUGCAUACGGAUUCAAGAAGUACUUCACUAACUACUGGUGCUGGCUGGAUUUCCUGAUUGUGGAUGUGUCUUUGGUGAGCCUAGUGGCUAACACACUUGGCUACUCGGACUUCGCUGCCAUCAAAUCACUUAGAACCCUCAGAGCUCUGAGGCCGCUAAGAGCACUGUCCCGAUUUGAAGGCAUGCGGGUUGUGGUAAACGCCCUGAUCGGCGCCAUCCCGUCCAUCAUGAACGUACUGCUGGUGUGCCUGAUCUUCUGGCUCAUCUUCAGCAUCAUGGGGGUCAAUCUGUUCGCCGGCAAGUACGGACGCUGCGUCAACCGGACGGGCUACAUCCACAAUGUGUCCAUGGUCAACAACAAGACCGACUGCCUGGCCAUGAACGACACCCAGUUCUACUGGACCAAAGUCAAGGUCAACUUCGACAACGUGGGUGCCGGUUACCUUGCCCUCUUACAAGUUGCUACAUUCAAAGGCUGGAUGGAGAUCAUGUAUGCAGCAGUGGAUUCUCGUGCUGUGGACGAACAGCCUAUCAGAGAGGUCAACAUGUACAUGUACCUAUACUUCGUCAUUUUCAUCAUCUUUGGCUCCUUCUUCACCCUUAACCUCUUCAUUGGCGUCAUCAUCGACAACUUCAACCAGCAGAAACGAAAGUUAGGUGGGCAAGACAUCUUCAUGACAGAGGAACAGAAAAAGUACUACAAUGCCAUGAAGAAGCUAGGGUCUAAAAAGCCUCAGAAACCAAUUCCAAGGCCAUUGAACCAAGUGCAGGGCUUCUUCUUCGACCUAGUGGGCAAACAGGCAUUCGACAUCAUCAUCAUGGUCCUCAUCCUGCUCAACAUGAUUACCAUGAUGGUGGAGACGGACGAGCAGCCGGCCCGCAUGGAAUACAUCCUCAACAAAAUCAACCUGGCCUUCAUCAUCAUCUUCUCCUGUGAGUGCCUCAUCAAGAUCGUGGCGCUACGCUGCUACUUCUUCACCAUUGGCUGGAACAUCUUCGACUUUGUAGUGGUCAUCCUCUCCAUCGUUGGUAUCGUUCUCGCUGACAUCAUAGAGAAGUACUUUGUGUCGCCGACACUGUUCCGAGUCAUUCGAUUGGCCAGGAUCGGACGAGUACUUCGACUCAUCCGUGGAGCCAAAGGAAUAAGGACCUUACUCUUUGCCUUAAUGAUGUCCCUUCCUGCCCUGUUCAACAUCGGCCUCCUGCUCUUUCUGGUCAUGUUCAUAUACGCCAUCUUUGGCAUGGCCAACUUUGCCUAUGUCAAGAAGCAGGCGGGCAUCGACGACAUGUUCAACUUCGAGACGUUCGGCAACAGUAUGAUCUGCCUAUUCCAGAUCACCACGUCAGCGGGCUGGGACGGCCUGCUCAGCCCCAUCCUCAACAACUCUCCGGAAGAGUGCAACCCCAACCUCGUCCACACAGGCACCAACGCCCGGGGCAACUGUGGCAACCCCUCAGUGGGCAUCACCUUCUUUGUCACCUACAUCAUCAUCUCCUUCCUCAUCGUGGUCAACAUGUACAUCGCCAUCAUCCUGGAGAACUUCAGCGUGGCCACCGAGGAGAGCACCGAGCCGCUGAGCGAGGACGACUUUGAGAUGUUCUAUGAGGUGUGGGAGAAGUUCGACCCAGAGGCCACGCAGUUCAUCGAGUACGCCAAGCUGUCAGACUUUGCCGACACACUGUCGGAGCCACUGCGCAUUGGCAAGCCUAACAAGAUCAAGCUGAUCUCCAUGGACCUGCCCAUGGUCAGUGGAGACAAGAUCCACUGCCUGGACAUUCUGUUUGCCUUCACCAAGCGUGUGUUGGGCGAGUCGGGCGAGAUGGACGCUCUUAAGCAGCAAAUGGAGGAGAAGUUCAUGAUGGCCAACCCAUCCAAGAUCUCCUACGAGCCCAUCACCACCACGCUGAGGCGCAAACAGGAGGACAUGUCGGCCACUGUCAUCCAGAGGUGCUACCGCCGGCACCUGUUGCGGAGGCAGAUGAAGCAAGCCUCCUUCAUGUACAGAUCAAUGCAGAUCAAUCUGACGCAAAGCUCCAUGGACAGGAGGGCCACCGCCCCGGAGAAAGAGGGCCUCAUAGCCUCCAUGAUCAAGGAGAACUACGGGGGGCCUGAGAUGGAGCUGAUGGAGACCCUGUCCUCCACCUCCUCUCCGCCGUCUUACGACAGCGUCACACGGGCGACUAGCGAACUUUUCCAAGUUUUAAUUCUCGAACAGUCCAGGAACAAUGACCUAAGUGAACAUUGCCCUGCCCCCGACAGAGACCGCGAGACAUUUCUGUAACAGCGACUAGGAAAUGCUUUUUUUCUCUUUUACAUUUUUUUGUUGUUGUUGUUGUUGUUGUUUACCGAAUGUAAAAUAGCUCAAAUUACCCUGGUUUAGUACAUGUGGUUGUGCAGAGAAACUGCUAGGGGUUUUCAUAGAGAAAAGGCAAAUUAUUUGUUUAUUUUUGGUGAACAUGCUUUGUGGGAGUACACAAAGGGGCGUGUGUAAAUCCUAGAUGACCAUUGACCCUGCUCAUGUCAAGUUUGCUUCACAGUUAAUAUGCAUGAAUAACCUCUGCAGGGUCACAACAAUUAUAUCACUGAUGUAAUAAUCAUUUAUUAGACUAAAAUAAAUACAGUUUAUCAGUAUUUACAAAGUAUGCCUGACCGUAUGAGUUCAUUAAAGGUCUUACUAUUAUUGGUGUGAUUCCUUAUGAUCAACAGUUUUAUAACUGUGAGAUGUGGGAGAAAAAACAAAGGGAUACAAUUUUUCGUAGUAAAGUAUAACUUUGUUGAUGUUGCCAGUCUUUCAUAGCAGUACAAUUAUUACUAUUUUUGAUAUUUUUAGAGUAAGAAAAAAAACAUGGCCUCUUCUGAAUUGGAGUCGCUUACCGUGAAAGGGAAUACUUCCACACUGUAACAAGACAAACGGGCAGGUAAUAACUUUUCACAUUAAAAGAAUGCUGUAUUUGAACUGUUUUUUGCUCUUGGGUUUACAUGUAGAAAUAUCCAGACGGUCACUGCAUAUUAGUUAAUUUUUCAUUCAUAACGAUCUGGUCUUAGUUACACAAAGCUAAGAAGCAAUUCAGUAACCAAGAUCAGUAUGUGACAAUCAAACCUACAUCUCAUGGUUAAGAUUGACAGAUGUUUUUUUUCUCCAUAUCUUCUUUAGGACUGCCCAAAUGGCUGCAUAUUUUAUGAGCAUCAGAGAUCCUAUUCACUAUUAGACGGGUGGAUAAUCGUCCUAUUUAUUUAUUAUUUUAAGUAUUUGUUUUGCAUGUUUUGAAUGCGUCAUAUAGACAAAUCACGCUCAAGGCUGAACAGCUAUAAUUUCUCUACAGUUUUUUGCAGAAACUGUGUUUAGCAGUAAUUUGCUACUUUUAAGUGAAUUAUUUUUCAGAUAAAAGUGUAAAAGUUUGUACAGGAUUUUUUGUUGUUGCUUGAUCUCUCCAGACCAUUCAGCUUCUCUUGGUUACCCAUAGAUUACUCUCCACUGUAGGACUGAUACCGGCACAUAUAGUUUCUAUUCGACUAGAAUAAUAAUAAAAAAGACACCGCUCAACUUUAAUAUGAUAUACUGUAUAUUUUCAUGUUAUGGUUGCAGGUGUGUUGAAGGGCUGUUUUCUGUAGCAAUAGAUCCAGUGUGUGCCUGGUAUAUACAGUACCCCUGUCCUGUUUCUAAAUGGAUCUCUACCCACAUCGUUGCCCCAUUAGAUGCCAUAGGUGAAUGACUGGGAUCACACUGCUAUUUUUCGAUGUCUACCGGGGACUUUUAUAAAGAGAUUUCUGAUUGCAUGCUUUGUAUCGGGAAUAUUGGGGAAAAUGUUUAAAACUCGGGUGCGGUCCUAUUUGUUGUUGGGGGGGGGAAACAUUUUUACACAAAAACAUCAUGGUGAAAAGUAAACUCGACACAUCUCUGUCAUAAAUGUACUGUUUUCAUCAUAACAAGAGCUGCUUCAUCAUAAAAACAUCCAAGAUGAACAGAAAGUUUUUUUUUUCAUUCUUAUACACUGUCAUAAAUGCAGUAGCCUACAACAGGCAUCUUCUCAGCAGUCAGUAGAUAAUGGCUUUACAUUUCUCACUGCUCAACCACAAUGCAGUGCCUCAGUAAAGCCCACAUUGCAGUAAAUAUUAUUUAUAAAUACAUUUUAGUACUUUCCGUUUAAAUAUUUUUUUGUACUUUGCAAACACAUGCCUCUGUAUAUAAGAUAACGACCUCCUGUGAAAUAAAAGAGAGCCUACAAUA